AUGCUGCAACUCAAGACUCUUCUCCUGUAUGCCAUUCUCUUCGCAACCUCUAUCCUCGCAUAUCCCGGUGAUCAAUAUGACGAAAAAGGGAAGGAGAAGCAUUGUCUUACCGACCGGAAGGCCUACGACAUCAUCCAACGAUGGGUCUCUUUCUUCCAGCGAGGAUUUGAUCCCGCCGUUGCCGAGAGGACACUCGCCGAAGAUUUCAUAGCGCAGUCUGGAGGUCUCAACUUCCUUUCUGGCAGAGACGCUACUGCCCUGACAGUGACGUCCAGAGCUCAGGCCAUCGAGGAAGCAUUAAUCAAUACCGCCAACACGACGAAUGUCAUUACCGUCCUUGAGUGGUUUCACAACUGCGACAAUAUAGCAUUCCACUGGAGCCUCAACUCGUCGCCGGCAGUAGUGCUGGGAGUCGACUACCUUGUCCUUGAGAGGAGAACUCACCGCAUCAAGAAGAACUUCUCUGAGUUCAACGUCGGAGCGUUCCUCUUUAAUGCCGGUUUUCCUGAGUGCCAGGCUCCGGCUCCCACUUAG